UUUUGCACCAUGAAAUAUGGCUGGAAGUUUAAAAGAUCUAAGGAGUAUACUCAGAGAAUAUAAGUUAAUCAGCGAUAGUUCAAGAAUUCCUGGAGAAUUCCUUAUCAUUUCCAUAUAUUGUUAUUCCGCUGAUUCCAAUUUUCUGAAAGCAUUGACUCCACCAUUGGAGGAAGUAAGAAAAGAAGUAAUUUUGUUACACGACCUGUUACUUACAGAUGGUACUGAAAAGCUUAAGUGUUUCUUGGCUUUACCUCUAAGUCAACUUGUUCAAAAGAAUGUGGUAAAGAUCGGGAGCUACUUGCAAAUUCAAAGAGCUAAAAUGUGUUAUUUAGAAGGUGAAUAUAAUGAUUCCCAUAUAGUUGAAUAUGUUUUAUUGGAAGCUGUAAAAAUUAUUGAUUAUGCUGCUGUAACAUUUCCCAAUCUUGAGAAUUUAAGGUUUGUUCAGUCCUCUAAUCACAGAGAAAGUGAAAUAAUCCCCCUUGUGACUGGACGAAAGUAUUACCUCAAUCUAUGGAUACCCACAACGCCUUAUGGAGAAGAAUGGCUAGCUGGAAGUUCAUUAGAUUAUCAAGAUGGUGAUAAUGAAAUUCAAAAUAUUUCUUUACUACAAGAUAUUGCUGAUGAUUGGUUGAGGCUGCCUAAACCUUACCCACCAAUUUUUGUAAAAGUUAUGGCACGUGGUAAUUUAUAUCACUAUGGUUAUAAUAAAAAUGAUAGGCCUGACCCUUUCAUGACAAGCAUGUCGAUUGCAGAUUCUUCUGGAACUUGUAUGUGUGCUGUGUUUGGUAAAAUAAUCAAGUCAUUGUAUUAUAGAGCGGUUCCUGGAACUGUAUUGUUAAUCAGUGAUUAUAAUAUUACUAAGCCUCAAAAUCGAAAUUUGCCAAGACUAAGAGGCUCUGCUGGUAAUCUUCCUAUUUUGGAUAUGGAAAUUGUUGUAGGAGAUUAUGCUAAAGUUCAAGUAAUGCCUCCAGACAAUGAUUCAUUUAGUAUGCAAAUUGUAAACUUACCUGCUAUAGAAUUCUCAUUUGGAAAUAGAGCCUCUCUGCAGUAUGCAGCUGAUGAAUCUACUAUAGAUAUAGUUGGUUUAGUAACACACAUCAGCCUUUUUCAUAGGUUUGUGUAUAAAUAUGGAAAAUUGCAUGCUCGGUGUUUUGUGGAAAUAAUUGACAGCUCUAGCCAUUUACCAUUCAUGGCUAUGAUUUAUGACAAUGGUCUUAGGUUUUGUGUUGAUGACUUACAUCCUGGACAAGUAAUUGUUGCUACUCACAUGAAAGUUUGCCAUUUACCAAAUGAACUCCUUUCAUGUUACCAAGUUCGAACAUAUUUGAAAGCUACACAUUACACUGAGAUAUUUACUACACACAGACAAGAUAGCCCAUACGUGCGUUAUCCUGCAGUUACAGCUGUCGCUAGUAUUAUCCGUGACAAUCAGAAUGAAGUUGAUUUCCUUCAGUCAAAUGUCUUGCGAGCAGGAGGAAUAGCAAUGUUUCUUCGUGGCUAUAAAACUUUAGAUGCAUACAAGGCUAGUUUUGGAGAGAGUUUAGCAGGGAAGAUGAUACCUGGGGCAUAUUGGAAAGUAGCAUUAGAAAAUUUGAUCCAUCGGGAACGUCGUUGUGUGACUCUUGGAGGUUUUAUUAUUCAGGUAGAUUAUGUGGAUCUUCAGACUACAGAUUCACCACAGUCUACAUAUGGCUGGUCAUAUUCUUCAAACAUAGUAUCAAGGAGAACUAUGUUUGUUAAUAUUAAAGCAAGGUAUAAACUGGGUGAUAUACUGCCUCUAAAUCCAACUCAGAAUGAACAACUUUUGUUUCCAUCAAAAUAUGACUCAGGAAAUGAAUAUCACUUUAAAGCUUACAGGCGGUUUCCACCAGCAAAUGCAACUGACUGGAGUGCUUCUUCGGAGAAGGAAGUGUUAAAUUUCCCAGUUUGUGCUGAUGGUUAUUACGUUAUAACCAUAGCUAGCUUGCAUUAUCAGGCAUUACUUCAGUGCAUAAUGGUCCCAGAACCGAGUUCUAAACCUCAUCCAACUUUAAUUGAAGCAUUGAAUGGAGAUUUUCAAGCUUUAGCUUUUAGAAAUGUAGGAUCAUUCCUUUGUGAACCACCACGAUAUAUGUGGGAUGAAGUAAGAGAAGUAAAUCGGACAGCUUCAGAAGUGGGUGACAAAACAUUUGUAUUUGCCAUUGAAUUACAUCGAACCAAACCGGAUGUAGUUUUAGCACAUUUGCAAAGAGCUUAUAUUUGUCCUCCAGAGCAAUUAAUUGAAGCUAUAGCAGCAGACAGAGUUGCUUGACUUUUUAUAUUAACUUAAUUAUAUUAUAAUUCAAAUCACUUAAAAUUUUUUUUAGUAUGUAAUAAUCAAUUUAUAAAACCAAAAUGCAAUUUCCUGUAAAGUAUGUUCAAUAAGUUAUAUUUUUAAUUAAGUUGAUAAAAUUUUAUUUUUCUAGAUCCUAAAAUAGAUAAAUGACAGCAUUUUCAAAUCCCAAAUUUUUGUAAUGUGCGUGACCAAGUUUAAUCUUAUUUACAUAAAUUUAUCCUGAAUAUUUUUUUUUUUUUUAAAUCUCACACAAUGAACAUCAAUUCAAUAUGAUCUCUGUCUUUGUACCUUAAAAAGAUGUUGGUAACCCAAUGACCAUAUUUGUAAUUUUGAUGAAUAUUAAUCUGGAAAUAAUGCACAUCGUUAUCAAUAUUUUCUUCCAUUUGAUACGACAGCAUAUUUUUAACUAGAUGUUGAAUACAUAUUUUUAUAUAUAAGUGCUGUAAUAUUUACAUAUCAAACAUGUAUUGCGAAUAACUAAGUAUUUAGAAGUGCUGACAAGUAAAUUGUAAAAAUCUUAGGAAUUUCAAAUUAUUGUUAAAUAUUUGUAAAUUGUAUAUAGAAUGAUUUAAAAAUUUUUUUAAACUUCUAAUUUAUAAGCACUGGAGCUGUAAUGUAGUAUUAUAUUCAAUGUUUAUAAUGUACGUAAAAAUUAUUUUUGUAUUGUGAUUAGAAUUUUUUUAAUCUAAAAGUAAAAUUUAAUCCUAUUUGAAGCCAUAAAAUUCCACAAAUUUAAUGCAUUACAUAAUGUAAAAUGCAACAUAAGCAUGUGAAUCAA